GGUGAGAAUUUCAAAUAAUAAACUUUCUAAGAUAAAUUUAUAAAAGCCCUUUUAUAGCAUUGAUCCCCUAUCUUAGUUCUUGGAAGUAAUGAAAUAGGGAAGUUUAAACAACUAAAUUAAAUACUAGUAACAGUUAAGUUGUAUGAAUUAAGUGUGUCAAUAGUAAGUGUUAAAGGAAGAGAUUGGAAAAACUGAUUUUCCCAGUCACUCAAGGUGCUCAAACCGAUCAUGGGAACAUGUAGUUUUAUUUGUGUAGCAACUGAUAAGAUAAAAUCAACAGAGACCAAAACUCCUUUCACAGUGUUAUAGUGAAUCAUUAAACACGAAAUGAGCCUCUAACCUUGCCCUGUUGGCAUUUCUACUGGCCAGAGAAAUACAACUUAAAGAAGAACAUAUAAGGAAAAUUUCUAUCUUCUUUUGUAUUAUCAAGGAGAUAUUUGGAGCAGAGUCAACCCUCUCAGUUACAUAAAAUAAAAAAUGGCAUAUUCUUGGCAAACAGAUCCAAAUCCCAAUGAAUCACAUGAAAAGCAGUAUGAACACCAAGAAUUUCUCUUUGUAAAUCAACCCCAUUCUUCUAGGCAAGUCAGUCUGGGUUUUGAUCAGAUAGUAGAUGAGAUCAGUGGCAAAAUUCCACACUACGAGAGUGAAAUUGAUAAAGACACCUUUUUUGUGCCUAUUGCACCAAAAUGGGACUCAAAAGGGCAUUCAUUAAACGAAGCACACCAAAUAUCCUUGAAUGAAUUCACUUCUAAAAGCCGUGAACUCUCCUGGCAUCAAGUUAGAAAAGCACCAGCAAUUGGUUUUAGUCCUUCUGUGUUACCAAAACCUCAAAAUAUGAAUAAAGAAUGCCCCUGGGGAAGCCCCAGAGGAAAACAUCAUGGUGCUGAGGAUUCCAGAUUCAAUAUUUUAGCUCCAUCAUUCACAAGUUUGGAUAAAAUUAAUCUACAGAAAGAAUUAGAAAAUGAAAACCGUAACUACCCUAUAGGAUUUGAAAGCAGCAUUCCUCCUACAAAUUCGUCCUUCUCAACUGACUUCAUGCCCAAAGAAGAGAAUAAAAGGAGCGGACAUGUGAACAUUGUGGAACCCUCUUUGAUGCUUUUGAAAGGCUCUCUUCAACCCGGGAUGGGGGAAAGUACAUGGCAGAAGAACAUAGAGUCAAUAGGUUGUUCCAUUCAGCUAGUGGAAGUACCUCACGGCAGUAAUACGAGCCUGGCCUCUUUUUGCAACAAAGUAAAAAAAAUCAGAGAAAGAUAUCAUGCAGCUGACAUUAAUUUCAAUUCUGGGAAGAUCUGGAGCACUACUACAGCAUUUCCGUAUCAGCUCUUUUCUAAGACCAAGUUUAAUAUACAUAUUUUUAUUGAUAACUCAACACAACCUCUUCAUUUUAUGCCAUGUGCUAACUAUCUCGUCAAAGAUCUAAUUGCAGAAAUUCUGCAUUUUUGUACAAAUGACCAGUUAUUGCCCAAAGAUCAUAUUCUAAAUGUAUGUGGCUCUGAAGAAUUUUUACAAAACGAUCACUCUUUAGGGAGCCACAAAAUGUUUCAAAAAGAUAAAUCUGUUAUUCAACUCCACCUGCAGAAAAGUAGGGAAGCUCCAGGAAAGCUAUCUCGAAAGCAUGAAGAGGACCACAGUCAGUUUUAUCUGAACCAACUUCUAGAAUUUAUGCAUAUUUGGAAAGUAUCCAGACAAUGUCUCUUAACAGUCAUCAAAAAAUAUGACUUCCACCUGAAAUAUCUAUUGAAAACCCAGGAAAACGUGGAUAAUAUUAUUGAAGAAGUUAAAAAAAUAUGCAGUGUUCUAGGGUGUGUGGAAACCAAACAAAUUACAGAUGCAGUAAAUGAACUAAGUCUAAUUCUUCAGAGAAAAGCAGAGAAUUUUUAUCAAAGUUCAGAGACUUCAGCAAAAGGCUUGAUAGAGAAGGUAACAACUGAACUAUCCACAUCCAUCUACCAGCUCAUCAAUGUCUAUUGUAACAGCUUUUAUGCAGAUUUUCAGCCUGUAAAUGUACCCAGAUGCAUUUCCUAUCUAAAUCCCGGGCUUCCUUCCCACCUCAGCUUCACAGUGUAUGCCGCACACAACAUUCCAGAAACCUGGGUGCACAGCUACAAAGCAUUUUCUUUUACCUGUUGGCUUACAUAUGCUGGAAAGAAGCUGUGCCAAGUGAGAAACUACAGAAAUAUUCCAGUCAAGAAGUUAUUUUUUUUCUUGGUCAAUUGGAAUGAAACGAUCAAUUUUCCCCUUGAAAUAAAGUCACUUCCAAGGGAAUCCAUGCUCACUGUAAAACUGUUUGGGAUUGCCUGUGCAACCAACAAGGCAAAUUUACUGGCUUGGACUUGUCUUCCACUGUUUCCAAAAGAAAAAUCCAUUCUCGGGUCUAUGCUAUUCAGCAUGACAUUACAGAGUGAGCCUCCCGUAGAAAUGAUAGCACCAGGAGUGUGGGAUGUAAGUCAGCCAUCCCCAGUGACCCUGCAGAUUGAUUUUCCAGCUACUGGGUGGGAGUAUGUGAAACCUGAUUCUGAAGAAAAUGGAAGUAAUCUUGAAGAGCCACCAAAGGAGUGUUUAAAACAUAUUGCCAGACUUUCACAGAAACAGACUCCCCUACUACUCUCUGAAGAAAAGAAAAGAUACUUGUGGUUUUAUCGCUUCUACUGCAAUAAUGAAAACUGCUCCCUUCCUCUAGUCCUGGGUAGUGCCCCUGGAUGGGAUGAAAGGACUGUUUCAGAAAUGCAUACCAUUUUGAGAAGAUGGACAUUUUCUCAACCUUUAGAGGCUCUUGGGCUUUUGACUUCCAGUUUUACAGAUCAAGAAAUUCGUAAAGUGGCAGUUCAACAAUUAGACACCCUCUUGAAUGAUGAACUACUGGAAUAUCUCCCACAGCUAGUUCAGGCUGUCAAGUUUGAAUGGAACCUUGAGAGUCCUUUAGUGCAACUUCUACUCCACCGCUCCUUGCAAAGCAUCCAGGUUGCCCAUCGUCUUUACUGGCUGCUAAAGGAUGCAGAAAAUGAAGCUUAUUUUAAAAGCUGGUAUCAGAAGCUACUAGCUGCUCUCCAAUUCUGUGCAGGUAAAGCCUUGAGUGAUGAGUUUUCCAAGGAGCAGAAACUUAUCAAAAUUCUGGGAGAUAUUGGGGAAAAAGUCAAGUCUGCCAAUGACCAUCAAAGACAGGAGGUACUGAAGAAAGAAAUUGGCAGACUAGAAGAGUUCUUUCAAGAUGUAAAUACUUGUCAUCUUCCUCUGAACCCUGCCCUGUGUAUAAAAGGGAUUGAUCAUGAUGCAUGUUCAUAUUUUACAUCUAAUGCUUUGCCAUUGAAGAUUACUUUCAUCAAUGCUAAUCCAAUGGGCAAAAACAUCAGCCUUAUUUUUAAGGCUGGAGAUGAUCUUCGUCAGGAUAUGCUUGUUCUGCAGAUUAUUCAAGUGAUGGACAACAUUUGGCUGCAAGAAGGCUUGGAUAUGCAAAUGAUCAUUUAUAGAUGUCUAUCCACAGGAAAAGACCAAGGAUUGGUGCAGAUGGUACCUGAUGCUGUGACCCUAGCAAAGAUUCAUCGCCAUUCUGGACUGAUAGGACCAUUGAAAGAAAACACAAUAAAAAAGUGGUUCAGUCAGCACAACCACUUAAAGACAGAUUAUGAAAAGGCCUUAAGGAACUUUUUCUACUCCUGUGCUGGCUGGUGUGUGGUAACAUUCAUCCUGGGAGUAUGUGACCGUCACAAUGAUAAUAUCAUGCUGACAAAGUCGGGCCACAUGUUUCAUAUUGACUUUGGAAAAUUCCUAGGUCAUGCACAAACAUUUGGAGGGAUAAAAAGGGACCGAGCUCCUUUCAUUUUUACUUCAGAGAUGGAAUACUUUAUUACAGAGGGUGGGAAAAACCCACAGCAUUUCCAAGAUUUUGUGGAACUUUGCUGUCGUGCUUAUAAUAUUAUUAGAAAGCACAGCCAACUGCUCUUGAACCUGCUAGAAAUGAUGCUAUAUGCAGGACUGCCUGAGCUAAGUGGAAUUCAAGACCUGAAAUAUGUGUAUAAUAAUCUUCGUCCGCAAGACACAGACCUGGAAGCAACAAGUCAUUUUACCAAGAAAAUAAAGGAAAGUCUGGAGUGUUUCCCUGUUAAAUUGAAUAACUUGAUCCACACACUUGCACAAAUGUCAGCCAUAAGCCCUGCCAAAUCUACUUCACAGACUUUUCCUCAGGAAUCCUGUUUGCUGAGUACAACUAGGUUGAUUCAAACAGCAACAAUUUUAGGGUUCAGCAAGAAAUCCAGUAAUCUGUAUCUGAUCCAGGUGACACACAGCAACAACGAAACAAGCCUGAUAGAAAAAUCAUUUGACCAGUUUUCAAAACUUCACAGCCAACUUCAGAAGCAGUUUGCAUCACUGACUCUCCCAGAGUUUCCUCAUUGGUGGCACCUACCUUUUACAAAUUCAGAUCACAAAAGAUUCGGAGAUCUAAAUCAUUACAUGGAACAGAUAUUAAAUGGAUCAUGUGAAGUUACAAAUAGUGAUUGUGUACUUAGCUUUUUCCUCUCUGAGGCUGUGCAACAAACAGUUGAAGAAUCAUCACUUGUGUACCUAGGUGAGAAGUUUCCAGACAAGAAGCCUAAGGUGCAAUUAGUCAUAUCCUACGAGGAUGUGAAGCUGACCAUACUGGUGAAACACAUGAAAAACAUUCAUCUCCCAGAUGGCUCUGCGCCCAGUGCACAUGUUGAAUUUUAUCUUUUACCAUAUCCCAGUGAAGUUCGUAGGAGGAAAACAAAAUCUGUUCCAAAAUGUACAGACCCCACUUACAAUGAAAUUGUAGUAUAUGAUGAAGUCACAGAGCUCCAAGGACAUGUCUUAAUGCUUAUUGUGAAGAGUAAAACUGUAUUUGUGGGAGCAAUUAACAUCCAACUCUGUAGUGUCCCACUUGAUGAAGAAAAAUGGUACCCAUUAGGAAACAGUAUAAUUUGACCAUUGCUAUGAACAUAUGCAUUAUUCAUUAACUACUUGUAUUUUUUUCCACUUCUGGGCCUCUGAAUCUCGUAAGUAAGGCAUCUUUGUUGUCAAAGAUAGCACAGGGUAUUAAGGACACCAAAAAAAUCAGAAUUAGUUUUUUGUGUUGUUUAUUUUCUACCUGUGCUUUCAUUGCUUUUUCCAUAAUCUUUUCUCCUUCAGUGGAGUACUGAUUGCAUGAAAUUUGAUGUGUAAAAUAAUAAAAGACCUUUAUUAAAUGAUUUUAAUAUAUUUUAAAUUAAA